GCGGCCCCCGAGGCACCCUCUGGCCGUCUCUGCGGCGGCGACGGCCUGGGCAGACUGUGCGCGGUGCGCAGGCGCGGAGCCUAGACCUCGCUGCAGCCCCCAUCGCCUCGGGGAGUCGCACCCACGGAGUCCGCCUGCUGGCGCGUCAGUGAUCUCCCUUUCGUCCACCCUCCCCGGUCCCCCCAGCGCCCUUACGCGCCCGGAUGGCGGAGCUGCGGCCUAGCGGCGCCCCCGGCCCCACCGCGCCCCCGGCCCCUGGCCCUAAUGCGCCCCCGGCCUUCGCCUCGCUCUUCCCCCCGGGACUGCACGCCAUCUACGGAGAGUGCCGCCGCCUUUACCCUGACCAGCCGAACCCACUCCAGGUUACCGCUAUCGUCAAGUACUGGUUGGGCGGCCCAGACCCCUUGGACUAUGUUAGCAUGUACAGGAACGUGGGGAGCCCUUCUGCCAAUAUCCCUGAACACUGGCACUACAUCAGCUUUGGCCUGAGCGAUCUCUAUGGUGACAGCAGAGUCCAUGAAUUUACAGGAACAGACGGACCUAGUGGUUUUGGCUUUGAAUUGACAUUUCGUCUGAAGAGAGAAACAGGAGAGUCUGCCCCCCCAACAUGGCCAGCAGAGCUAAUGCAGGGCUUGGCCAGAUACGUGUUCCAGUCAGAGAACACCUUCUGCAGUGGGGACCACGUGUCUUGGCACAGCCCUUUGGAUAACAGUGAGUCAAGAAUUCAGCACAUGCUGCUGACAGAAGACCCACAGAUGCAGCCCGUGCAGACACCCUUUGGGGUAGUUACAUUCCUCCAGAUUGUUGGCGUCUGUACCGAGGAGCUCCAUGCAGCCCAGCAGUGGAACGGGCAGGGCAUCUUGGAGCUGCUGCGGACGGUGCCUGUCGCUGGCGGCCCCUGGCUGAUAACUGACAUGAGGAGGGGAGAGACCAUAUUUGAGAUCGAUCCACACCUGCAACAGGAGAGAGUUGACAAAGGCAUCGAGACGGAUGGCUCCAACCUGAGUGGCGUCAGUGCCAAAUGUGCCUGGGAUGACCUGAGCCGGCCCCCUGAGGAUGACGAGGACAGCCGGAGCAUCUGUAUCGGCACGCAGCCACGGCGGCUCUCUGGCAAAGACACGGAGCAGAUCCGGGAGACCUUGAGGAGAGGACUUGAGAUCAACAGCAAACCUGUCCUUCCGCCAAUCAACCCUCAGCGGCAGAACGGCUUCACCCACGACCGGGCCCCAAGCCGCAAAGACAGCCUGGAAAGCGACAGCUCCACGGCCAUCAUUCCCCAUGAGCUGAUCCGCACACGACAACUUGAGAGUGUGCAUCUGAAAUUCAACCAGGAGUCAGGGGCUCUCAUUCCCCUUUGCCUAAGGGGCAGGCUCCUGCAUGGACGGCACUUUACGUAUAAAAGUAUCACGGGUGACAUGGCCAUCACAUUUGUUUCCACGGGAGUGGAAGGCGCCUUCGCCACUGAGGAGCACCCUUACGCAGCCCAUGGACCCUGGUUACAAAUUCUGUUGACUGAAGAGUUUGUAGAGAAAAUGUUGGAGGACUUAGAAGAUUUGACUUCUCCAGAGGAAUUCAAACUUCCCAAAGAGUACAGCUGGCCUGAAAAGAAGCUGAAAGUCUCCAUUCUGCCCGACGUGGUGUUCGAUAGUCCACUGCACUAGCCUGGGCUGGGCCCUGCAGGGGCCAAGGGAGAGCCCAGCUGCUCCCCGGUGACUUCCAGUAUAACAACUGCGUAAAAGAGAUUCCCACAAAUAAAAGGACAAGUGUGAGGAUGACUGCGCAGCCACCGCACCCCCGCCUCACCUGCAGCUCAGGGGCCUCACCCCCCAGCCAGCCAAGCCCCCUGGGCUGGGAGCCGGCAAAUGCAAACCUUCCCCUCCAGCUGCUGCCACAGGCUGUGGUUUGAGAUUUGACUCUGGACCUUCGAUGUGCCCUUAGGUGGAGACAGGCCUCAUCCUCACCUAUCCCCUGCCACACAGUCCAGCACGAGGGAGUGGAGUGGCCGCGUGUGUGCCCUGCCCAGUUCUGCUCUGGGAAGCCUUUGGUAGGCAAGCUCCUCUGGCCACGGAACAGCUCCUCCAGCCGUGUUUGCUUUUCUUCCUCCUUAUUUUAUUUUGUAGAAACCGGAUGGUAUUUUAUUGGUCUUCAAAGAUGUCCAGAAGCCGUGUAUAUAAUGUUUUUUAAACAGAACUUUAUUCCCAGAUGAACUUUCUCAUUCUCUAGGACAGGGGCCUAGGGCCGUCUCGCCCUCCCUGAGCCACCACCAGAGAAGGUGCCGGUGUCCGCCUGCCAGCCCAGGGCCCGGAGGAGCCAGCUUCACAGAGAGGCUUUUCUUCCCAGCUGGGCCUGGUGGAGCCUGGGGCAGGGGGAGAGCUGACUUACGCCCCCAUGCAGCCUUCAGCCGAGUUUCGCUGGGGCCAGGAGGACGUGCUGCUUGUUCUCAAGUGGACUAGGCCCCUGGCAGAGUUCAAGGACCACCAGGGUCUCAGAGACUUGGUAGCCCCGGCCCCAUCUUCCGGGCCUUGUCCACCCAGCCAGGCUUGCCUGAGAGGGUGAGGCCCAGCACUGCGUAGACCAUCCCCACCUGCCCCUCAGGGCCUAGGUCUCCAGCUCUUUGACCAGUCCGGUCCCAUUUCCUCAUCCCCUGGGCCUCCCAGCCUCCAGGCUGCAGGACUCUGGCAUAUUAAAAAUGGAAAAAAUCAACUUUUCAACAUGUCCUUCACUUUGAUUUUGCAAGCACCGCACUCUGCCGCCCUCCUCCUCCCUGCAUCCAUUCUUUUCUUGUCUUUCCUUCCCCAUUUCCUUCCCUGGGCCUCUUUCCCUGCAUCCUGGCCUCUCAUUGUCUCUUGCCCCCCUACUGCAGAUCUCAUGGUCUUCCUCCCAGAAACAGACCAAUCUCUGGCCCGUGGGUUUAGGGUUCCUCUUGGGUUAUCUCCCACUUCUGACCUGGAAUCAACAGGCCCCUUUCGUACCCUCUUACCUCUCACUCUAGGGACUGCUAUUUCAAGAUCACCCUUCAGGCCUUUCCAAAGCAAACUCCUUUUGUCUUGUCGGGGACCUAAUAGGACCACACACUGCCCCAUCUGCACUGCCAUACACACAUGGGCACCACCAUAGUGCUACAGGAGGCUCAUGGGGGGCAGGACCCCUCUGAUGAGAGCUUCAGCCAAAGAGCUGCCUCUAGGGGUCAUGAGGGCAGUGGCCAGGCCCUCCAGGGAGCAAGAUCUGGACCUCCAAGGGACCACUGGGGCCUGGCUGCUUCUCUGCACAUACCCUCAGGCCUACUCAGUUAGCUCCAUCAGACUCAGAGCUUCAAGGUGGAUCAGUCUGGAGUACUGGGAAAGACAGGCUCCAGGCCUCCACCAAUGAAGAGGAAGCUCCUUUGGACCUGAUGUUGGUAGUAGCUGUGCCUUCCGCUCCAAGGACUUUUCCAAAAGGACAUUUUUUCUGGCCUUCGCGCACCAUAGAAUCACUGCCUUUGAAGCUCUUGUCAUCUGAUGUUUCAUGGCCAGAGAGGUGCCCUUAGCUUGUCUCCUUUCCUUGCCACCCUGACCUUGCCUCUCCACAAAUUCUUUCCUUCUGGGGACCUGCCUCUUCCUGUCUGGUUUGGCUGAUGGGGAGGAGGGUAUUUUCUGGACUAAGCUUUGUCAUCAUUAUGGGAGGCAGGCGGGAAGCAGGUGAGCUCUGAGACAAUGAGCGUGAAGCCUGUGGCCCCUUCCUGCCCCGUGAUGUCAGGAACCUCCAAGGUCCAGCUGAGGCCAGGUGUCCAUCUCCUUUCCCUACAGUGCAUUGGCUCUGGUGGAGUAGCAGAGCAUACACCAUCUCUGACCUGGCCUUCCAGAGGUUUCUCUGGGAGGGGGACUCUCUAUUGAGCUUCUGGCUGGGGAGAAGGGACCCUCACUGAGGACCAAGUGAGGCCGACCGUGUAGCCUGCCCAGCAUAGCGCCUGGCAUAUGGUGGGUACUCAUUAAAUGCCUCUUUCCCUCCCUGCAGCUCUUUGGGAGCCCUGACAUAGUGAGUUGGGGAGGUAAGAAGCCUCCCUCCCUAAAUCUGCACCUUUCAGAGGCUUCCUUGUGGCUUGCCCAGUCCCUCCCUCCAGGUCCCUGUGGCUAAAGCUUCUGAGAGGAAGGGGCUCCCCCAUGCAGUUGGACUUCCAUGUACAUAUGGUACACUCUGGAACUUCUCAGGUCCAGUGUGGGCUACAAGAGGACCACAGACCCAGCUGUCAUUCUGACGGGUAGAGCAGCUCAUGCAAGGUCUCAGGUCUGGCCAGGGAGCUGGGUGCCUCUUCCUGCCCUUCUCUUCCUCUUCCAAAGGCAAGCCUUCAGGGCAGGAACCAGGAAGCCUUGGGGAGAGUCUAAAGGGCUAGAGCAUUUUAAAAAAUAAACACAGGGUCUUGGGACUGGGUUUUGAGAUUGAGUUGAGAGCAGGGAAAAAACCCUGAAGGUUGGUGCCCCUAUGGGGCAGACCAGUAGAGAACUCCCUUGACUGUAUUUUUUUAUCUGGUUGUCUUUCCUCUCUGGCUUCCAGGUCCUCUAUGCCAGGGGAGGUACCUGGGUCCCUGUUAGAAGACAGGAGCCCUGUAGGGAGAGCCCUCCUUUUGUAUAAGUACCUGAAUGCUGCAGUGAGCAGACUUUUGUAAAAUUUUAUAUUAGUUUCUAAUGUCAAUUGUGACUCGGUUCCUGGGGGCUGCAGCCAGCUUGGGACUUUUGUAAGAAUUUUUGGGUGACUCACUUAGAUGUCGUUUCCUUCUUGCUCCCUCUUCCUCUGUGUAAUCUAAGUGCAUUAAACAUAUUUGCAGAAGUGC